AUGUGUGGAAUAUUUGGAGUAUGCGGGUUAGAAAACCCAGGAGAAUACAGAAGCAAGUGCAUUGAAUGCGUAAAAGCAAUUAGACAUCGUGGACCUGAUUGGUCUGGUGUUCAUCAGGGCAAAGACUUUAUCGUCGCACACGAGAGACUUGCCAUCGUUGGCGUCGACACAGGCGCUCAGCCUAUCGUCAGCGAAGACGAGAAGAUUAUUCUUGCAGUGAAUGGAGAAAUCUACAACCACAAGCAAUUGAGACAUGGUUUAAAGGAUAAGAACGCUGUGUUCAAGACUCACUCAGAUUGUGAAGUUAUCAUUCAUUUGUACCGCGAACACGGCCCACAGGCAGCUGGUCUUCUCGAUGGAAUGUUCAGCUGGACGUUGUUCGACACCAACUACCCACAAACCAGGGUUAUCGCCGCUAGAGACCCAAUUGGUAUCACCACUCUCUACCAAGGCUGGAACUCCUCAAAGCCAGGCGCUGUUUAUUUCGCAUCUGAAUUAAAAUCAUUGCACACGGAAUGUGACAAGAUUAUUUCAUUCCCACCUGGUCACUUUUACGACUCACUUACAGGUAAUACUGAGCGUUACUACAACCCACCAUGGUGGAACGGUGACCAAGAAGACGCUUCAGCCCCAACAAAGCCAGUUGACUUGACUGUGUUGAGAGAAAGCUUGGAGGCUGCCGUCCGUAAGCGUCUGAUGAGUGAAGUUCCAUACGGUGUUCUUCUCUCAGGUGGUUUGGAUUCCUCUCUUAUUGCUGCCAUCGCUGCUAGAGAGACUGAAAAGGUGCAAAAAGCUCAAUACGAAGCUCGUAAGUUACGCACUGAAGGUAGCGCUUCACCAGCCAAGUACCCAGAGCAGGAUGAAGAUCGUACUUUAGCGGCAUGGCCAACCCUUCACUCAUUCUCUGUUGGUUUGCCAGGAUCCCCUGAUUUACUUGCUGCUCGCAAAGCUGCUGCUUUCUUGGGCACGACACACCACGAAUUUACUUUCACUGUUCAAGAUGGUAUUGAUGCGCUCAAAGAUGUCAUUUAUCACCUUGAAACGUACGAUGUAACAACAGUGAGAGCAUCAACACCAAUGUACCUGAUGUCUAGGAAGAUCAAGGCUAUUGGUGUCAAGAUGGUUCUCUCUGGAGAGGGAUCAGAUGAAAUUUUCGGUGGUUACCUUUACUUCCAUGCUGCACCAUCUAGAGAGGCGUUCCAUCAAGAAUUGGUCAAGCGUAUCAAGAACCUUCACACUGCAGACUGCUUGCGUGCUAACAAAUCUACCAUGGCAUGGGGUUUGGAGGCUAGAGUGCCGUUCCUCGAUCAGAGUUUCCUCAACGAAGCCAUGUCGGUCGACCCACAAGAAAAGAUGUUCAGCAAAGACACAAUGAAGAACCUCGACGCGGAAGGUAGAUCGAGAAUGGAGAAGUACAUAAUCCGUAAGGCAUUCGAUAUUGAAGUUGGAGGUAAGCCAUACCUCCCAGAAUCAAUUUUAUGGCGUCAAAAGGAGCAAUUUAGUGAUGGUGUUGGAUAUUCAUGGAUCGACGGAAUCAAAGAUUUCACAGCUGAGCAAGUGUCUGACCAAGACUUUGCUAAGCGUUCGGAGCGUUUCCCACAUGACACACCAGACACUAAAGAGGCAUACUGGAUCAGAGAGACAUUUGAAAGCUUGUUCCCAUCGAAGACGGCAGCGGAGACGGCAGUAAGAUGGAUUCCAAAGGGGGAGUGGGGAUGUUCGGCAGACCCAAGUGGUCGUAGUGUUGCCAUCCACGAAAAGGCAUAUUAA